CGCUCUGUCUUGACAUUUCACAAAACCAGCCUGCUGGAAUGUGUGCCUCGUUUCGUGCUGUCACACGGUUUCCUGUGAGGCUGUGUUGCGUGGUGAGUGCAGAGUGACAGAGAUCUGCUCUUUGCCCAGCCAGACCUAGGAUGAACAGCGUGGAUGCACCUGAGGAAACCGCUGGAGAUCGGCCCAGCUUUCGGCUGCAGCCGCUGAAGACGACGCACCUGCCUGGGAAAACAUCGCCAUCCCGUUCAGCCGGAGGCUCGGACAGUCGCCCUUCUUACCGCGAUGCCGUCAAAGUGACGGCCAAUGGGGUGCACGACAUAGAGGAUAGAAUCCUGCGGAUAACUGGCUACUAUGGCUAUUAUCCAGGUUACUCCAGCCACAGAAGAGAGGAUGGCUCCGAGUCUCACGCAGAGACGCUGGCCAGCGAGGCUAGUGGGGAGCAGGGGCAGUGCCAGUCGUGUGCGGCUACUAUCCUGAAGGUGCUCAGUGGCCUGCUGGUGGUUGUGUUCAUCUCCUCCUCUUGGGUGGGCACCACGCAGGUGGUCCAGCUCACCUUCCAGUCCUUCUCCUGCCCAUUUUUUAUCACGUGGUUCAGCACCAACUGGAACAUUCUCUUCUUCCCCCUUUACUAUUCUGGCCACCUGGUCACCACACGGGAGAAGCAGUCGCCCAUUCAGAAAUUCAGGGAGUGUAGCCGCAUCUUCGGGGAGGAAGGGCUGACGUUAAAGCUGUUCGUGAAGCGCACGGCACCCUUCUCGAUCCUGUGGACCCUCACUAACUACCUGUACCUGCUGGCCCUGCGUAAGCUGACCGCCACUGACGUCUCCGCGCUCUACUGCUGCCACAAGGCCUUCGUGUUCCUGCUGUCCUGGAUCGUACUGAAGGACCGCUUCAUGGGUGUGCGGAUCGUGGCAGCCAUCAUGGCCAUCACUGGCAUCGUCAUGAUGGCCUAUGCCGACGGUUUCCAUGGUGACUCCAUCAUAGGCGUGGCUUUGGCUGUGGGCUCCGCUUCCACAUCUGCCCUCUACAAGGUGCUGUUCAAGAUGUUUCUGGGCAGCAGUAACCUGGGCGAGGCAGCACACUUCUUCUCCACGCUCGGCUUCUUUAACCUGGUCUUCAUAUCCUGCGUGCCGCUGGUGCUGUACUUCACUAAGGUGGAGCACUGGGGCUCCCUGUCCACGUUGCCCUGGGGGUACCUCUGCGGGGUGGCGGGACUCUGGCUGGCAUUCAACAUCCUGGUCAACGUGGGAGUGGUGCUCACCUACCCCAUCCUCAUCUCCAUCGGGACCCUGCUCAGCGUGCCAGGCAAUGCAGCCGUGGACGUGCUGAAGCAUGAGGUGAUAUUCAGCGUGGUGCGUCUGGCCGCCACCUGCAUCAUCUGCCUGGGAUUCCUACUGCUGCUGCUUCCUGAGGAGUGGGACUCGGUCACGCUGCGCUUCCUGGCUGCCUUCGCCGACAAGAAGGCCGAGGAGCACGGCGAGGAGCUCACCGAGUCCAGCGUGCACACGCGCAGUCGCAGCCGCGCCAACGGCGCCGUCUCCAUCCCGCUGGCAUGACCUCGCCCUCGCCGCCCACCGGCCAAUCACCCGCCUUGCACAAACCCCUGCCCCCCAUCCCAUAACUGCUGGGGGAGAGUGACUCUGCGAUCCUGAAUGAAGAGUGCGACUCCGGGAAGGAGCCAGAAGCAGAAUUAUGACGGGAAAAGGCAACUCUCUGCUGUCAUGCCUUUAAGAGGAGUUCAGAUUUGAAUGAUUGACUGUGUUAACGGGAAGGUGAAAUUUUACUCUCUUUGCCUUCCUGGCCACAUCCCCCUCCCCCAGACUACAACCUUCCCACCAUGGACUGUAUUCUGUGAAUAUAAACGUUGACAGGGCCAGUAUGGCCCAAUCUUAUCUGUAUUUAAUUAAACGCUUGGAAAAGUAUAUCAACAGGGAACAGAGACUAAUAAAGUAUUAUAUAAAGGAAUGGGUGUAAAAUAAAUCAUGCUUGAUAAACAUUUGUAAUAAAAGGAAAAUUAGGCAUU